GUUGCAGUAGUAUUAUUACUGCUAAGCACAGAAUUUUUGAGCAAAAUGUUAUUGAGCAUGGAGAAGUCAUAAGAAUGUUAUUUGAGCUCCUUAUUCAUAUCCAGGACAAACAUGUUCCUAACUGGGCUUCAUCAGCAUUGCAUGUGAUACAAAUUUUAAUUAAAUUAUGCUGUGACUGUGAAGUGAAUAAAAGUAUUUUAUGUAAUCAGGGGAUUCCAUCAAUGUUGCUGGAAAGCUUCGCAUAUUCAUUAGAAAUGCCCAAUAAAAAUAAUGAAGAAUUCCAAAAUGCUAUUAUGGAUUUAUUUGUUAUUUUGGCACAAAGCUCAGUUCAACCAAGUGAUUUGAAAAAGGUGAUUGAUUUCUUCAAGUCGCCUAAUACUUCUUUGGCAGUUCUUCUGAAAAGUUUAAAUAAGUUAGUAGAUGAUAUGGUAGAUCACCCAACUUGGAGCUUAUGUUUCCCUGGAAUUCAGAAGGGCAACUUGCCUGAUUUUCGACUAAAAAAGAGACUGAAAACAGCCUACAACACUCAUUGCUUGUAUGCUUCACUUCUAAAUACAUCAUCAGCAUGGACAUCAGCUGCCCAAUAUCUAUCUGUUACUGAUGAUACAGGUUGGAAUACAUUCCAUAAAGGUUUCAGUUUCACAUUAUGGCUUAAACAAAAUGACAUGUCUUCAAUUAUUCCAUCUGUUACAUCAGACAUAACAGAGAAUUUCAAAAAUUUUAAUGAAGAAGCAUGUGUAGCUGAAAUAAAUGAAGUGUAUCAUAUUGUGUCACUGGGUUCUGACAAACUGCUAAUGGAAUUAUGGUUUGGAAAAAAUUAUGGAGAUAUUAUUGUCAGGAUGGUGAGUUACAGUAAUGGUGAAGUUACAUGCCUGGCAAAAACAGUUUGCAAAUCAUUGCUGCAAGAUUGUGUUUGGCAUCAUGUUGCUAUAAAUUAUUCUGAAGAUACUGAUAAAUCAGUUGUCAGCAGUAAGGUUCAAAUCGUAAUAGAUGGAACAAGAGAAAAAAUUUGCUACCUAAAAUAUAAACGCUUGGGACCAAAAAUAAACAAGCAAUGUUAUGUCUUACUAGGACAUAUUGAACCUUAUAUAGAAAAAACUCCUGAGCACCCUUCAUAUUUAUUUGGAAGCUUCAUGCUUUUCAAAGAAACUAUUUUAAAUCGAGAUGCAGUUUUCUACUUAGCUUGUCUUGGUCCUGAUGUAACUGGUAUUACUGAUUGCGCUAUUCAAAAAAGAAGCUCAUUUGUUCCAAAAACAAGGACCUCUCACAGUAUAAUGCCUGUAAUAAGUGCAGAUGUGUUAGCUGGUAUAAGAACUCCUUCCUUAGAUAGUCUUCAGAAAUCCUUAAUCUGUAGUUAUUCAGCUGAAAGGGCUGAUGUUUAUUUGGUAUACCCAUCAAUCUCAUGGGGAUUCUUCCCUCUACGAACUGCAUUUCCUGCCAGUGGAAACACAAGAACUUCUACUCCACAAUACUGGUCAUAUCAAGUGCAACCCAUAGAAUUAUCGGUUUUAUCUUUGGUGGAUAUCCAACAAUUUGAAUACCAUGGAUUUAGAUAUGCUGUUGAGCGCUCUGGUGGGAUCUCAGUGUUUCUGUUUCUUUUUGCAUAUGUACUAGAAAACAGUAAAUGUGAAAGAGAUAUUCCUCCUGCUCUUAAUAUUCUUCUGAAGCUAUUAAGUAAACAUACAUUUUUUGCUGAAGAUUUCAUUCGAAUUAAAGGUUUUGAACUUUUAACUCAGAUGAUUACUAACAGCAGAUGUGUGAUAACCUGUGACCUAUUUGAGGUUCUGCUUCAAAAUUCUGUGGAUUAUAAUUUUCUGAAUAAGAAUGUUCCCAAAGGAUUAAAUUUGCCUGAAAAUUUAGCUAUAAUAACAAAUGCUUCAAUUUUUUCUCUGUUGUUAAAAUCUGUUGCAUUUGCUAAAAAUACAUCAGAGUCUGUCUUAACUAGUUUAUUUUCUGUUUUGGAUUUGCUGCUUAAUCCAAAGCAUGCUAAUGUGAGCAUGAAUGUUGAAAAACUCAACCAUAUUGAGGCAUUAAAAACUCUACUAUGGCUUGUAAAGAAGAUCUACAUUAUGUCAGAUGAUAUAUCUCUGCCUUCAGUGGUUAUCAAAAUGAUUCCUAUUCUGAUAGAAAAACUGCUGAAAUACAAAUCUGAUGGCCUAAUAUUCCAGAGUAUUUGUAAUUUUUUGCUGCUUUUACACAAUGCAUCAUCAACUUAUGUUUGUCAUUCAAGAUCAGCAUUCUUUUAUCUUCUCCCUUUGGAUACUCUGGAUAUUAAGAAAAUACCAAAUGAAAGCGAAAGGUUAUCAACGAAUUUAUCAUAUGUGGAUAUCGAAAGUGAUUUUUUAACUUUGCCAUCAUCUCCUGUGUUUCCUUCUGAACCACAGUUUAAAAGGCCAGCGUCAGUUCCUAAUACAUUUUACAAACCCUUAGGAUCUGAAGAGACUUAUUUCAACAUCAGCAAAAUAAAAUCACUUGGUAAUCUAAAAGAGCAUCAAUGUUCUCCUGCAUUGAGUACAUUUGAGGUACUAAACUCUUUUGAAAACACGAAGGAAUCAUCAACAGUUGCUAAUGAAUUGAAGUGGAAACUUAAAAUUGAAAAAGAUGUUAAUGUGUUACCAAUUAGAUAUACAGAGGAAGAAAAGGCUACUGAGAUGUGUCUUGGCCUAAUGAAGCUUGUCCUUAACUUCAUAACAAGAACUCAAGAUGUCACUGCUGUUUUGAAAUUAGUGAAACCUGAAAUAUUCAUUAUCCUUGCUUACACAAAGAAUCCAGAAGUCUGUGCUCUUGCUAUAAAAGUCAUUGAUGCUUAUUUGAAAGCAGCUGAUGAAGAAGUUCGGAAUGAUUUCUUGAACAUGAAAGGCUUUCACUUGCUAGCAAAUCAGCUUUUCCAUUGUCCAUUUGAAGUUCAAGUUAUCGAUGCUUGUUUUUCCAUCAUAUAUGAUUGUCCUUUGUCAUCUGUGAAAGAGUUGCAAAUACCUGAAUGUAGAAAGCCUUCAAACUUUCGGGUAAUGGCAUGGCUACCACUUCUUGCUCUUUUACCAAAUGGAAGUGCUUACGAGGAUGUAUGUCAUAUUCUUCUUCUAAGUUUAAACCAAUUUUUGCAUGCAGAUUCUACCUUCAUUAUAAAUCUUUUAGACAAUGGAUUGGUCAUGUGCUUGAUCCAUUUGCUACUCGCUUUAUCUCAUUCCUCUAAAAUAUCAAAAAAUAAUCAUUCCCUCUUAGAACUGAAUUCUUGUCUAAAAGUUAUUGGCACCAUUUUGCAGUUAUUAGCUAGUGAGCUUUGCAGCUCCAAGCAUUUUAAAGAGUUUUUGGCUUUGCGUGAUAUUUUGCAUCUUUUUGCUGUAUUUGAAAGCAGAUGUGGGGAAGAAUGUGGUCUUAAUGCUCAAUGUGUAACCUGCUUACGUAGCUGUCAGUGUGUAAUGUUCCAAGUUGUUGUAAAUUUUACUGAGAUGUACAGUUCUUAUUCAUCAAAAUCUGGAAUUUCAUUUCUUUCAGAUGAAGCAUCUAUAUGGGAACUUCUCAUGGAUUUUCAAGAUACUUUAGGGUCAUUUUCUUCACUGUCAAUGACUCCUCAUGACUUUUCAUUUGAAACAGAUGCAGAAGAGGCAGCAGAACCAGAAAAACUUUCUGUUCAGUCUGAUGUUCAAAAAGCCUUUCGAGAAGUCUCUGUGUCUGAAGUUGUGGACAGGCUUGAAGUUUUAAUAGAAGCUGCUACUCAUUUCAUCAUUUACAGAGAUCCCAGAAUCAAAAUAUAUGGGAAAGAAAAGGAAUUCAUUAAACAGUUCUUUUGUUUUCUUAUUAAAGGACUUGCAAUUGCCAUGGAUAAAUGUGUUGCUAAAUCAAGAUAUUCAGUGCUUAUGUUUUCUAUGAAGGAUUCUCUCAAAAAGCAGCUUGGUAAUCUGUUGAUGUCAUGUUUUGCUGUGUAUCAAGAUACUGAAGUAAAGCAAUAUAUUGUUGAGAUUUUAUCUGCUCAUCCUUUAAAUAAAAAGCUACUUCAGCUUGUAACUUUUUCUGUUGAUAGAAUUGAAAAUUUCCUGAUAUUAUUAAAUGAUCUGCAAAAUGAGGAAUCUUCCCAAAUAUUCAAGAAAAAUACUUCGAUUUUGUACAAUAUUGUAAAAGAUCUUUUAGAAAAGUCAUCAUAUUUGGAUAUUUUGAAAAAUGAUAUUGCAGUGGAAAAGUUAAAAAUAGAGUGGACAGACUUGUGGCAUGAAAACAGAAAUAAAUGGAUUGCUGAUGCAAGCAACUCAAAAGAAAAAAUUCAUAAAAAAAUGGAAAAGCUAUCCCAGGAAGUCUCUGCAUUUGCCUUAAAUGUCACACAAAAUAUUUUUAAAAUGCAAACUGAUGAAAGGAAAGUUUUUAUAGAAGAAUUAAAACGUAAAUAUUAUGAAGAAGCAUCAGAACGGAUGAGUUGGUUGAAGUUAUCCGAGCAAAUGAUGCAUGAAAGAGCAGUAUGGCACAUUAAAGAAUCAUACCCUUAUUCAUGGGAGCUUGAUCCAACUGAAGGGCCGUUCAGAGUCCGGAGAAGGUUAAGGCGUUGCUACAUUGACAUUGAACCCCGAUUUUUGAAACCAGAAUUAGCUGAAAAAUUGUUGAAUUUGAAGAAAAAACAACCAUUCAAAAAUUUGCUUCUACAUCAUAACGAGUUUUCUGAUUCUGCUGCUGUUCUAUACAGACUGCAUACGAAUGAACAAAUAGAGUUUACUUGUACGUGUAAGAUUGUUACUGCAUUUGAAGAAGGUGAUGUUGAGAUUUUAAUUGGUGCUUGUUGUAUUCAUCUCAUUGGUGAAGAAACAUCAUCAUUUACAAAAAGACACCCAAUAUCUGAAAGCUGGCCAUUUGAAACCAUUGAAGAAAUUGUGCCUCGUCGCUAUGAACUGCAAAACAAUGCCUUUGAAAUAUUUUUUACCAAUGGCUUAACAUAUCUCAUUGCUUUUCGUGACCAAAAAGAUUUCCAGUGUAUCUGGAAACAGCUAGAAAGCCGUGGACUACCAUGCCAAAGGUAUAGUGAUGUUAAUGCUUUAACUCAACUAUGGCAGGAAGGCACAAUUACAAAUUUUGAAUAUUUAACUCAAUUGAAUAAAUUAGCUGGCCGCUCAUUUAAUGAUUUGAUGCAGUACCCAGUAUUCCCAUUCAUUUUAUCAGAUUAUUCUAGCCAGUACUUAAACAUCAAUGAUCCAUCUGUGUACAGAAACUUUGUGAAACCAGUUGCAAUCCAACAUAAAUAUAGAGAGAAAUUUUAUUGUGAUCUUUAUAAUUUACUGAAAGAGCAAACAGGAGAAUCUGAACUUCCAAUUUCUGCACCAUACCAUUAUGGCUCACAUUAUAGUAACAGUGGUGUUGUUUUGCAUUUUCUAAUCAGACUUUUACCUUAUACAUACCAUUUCAUUAAAUACCAAGAUAAUAAUUUUGAUAUUCCUGAUCGUGCCUUUCAUUCCAUUGAGUCUUCCUGGCAACUGGUAACAAAAGAUACUACAAGUGAUGUGAAGGAAAUAAUACCAGAAUUUUUCUUUUUACCUGAGUUUUUGUGCAAUCAAAAUGGAUUUGACUUUGGUGUUCGGCAAUCUGGUAUUCGGGUAAAUGAUGUCCUCCUGCCUCCUUGGUGUAAGCAGAACCCACGCUUAUUUAUCCUUAUUCACCGACAAGCUCUAGAGUCAGAAACUGUGAAAAACAAUAUUAAUAAUUGGAUUGAUCUUGUAUUUGGUUAUAAGCAAACUGGAGAAGCAGCAAUAAAUGCUAUAAAUGUAUUUCAUCCUGCUACAUAUUAUGGAUUUGAUGUAAACCAGUCUGAAGAUCCUAUAACUAAGCAAGCUUUGAAAGUUAUGAUAAAAACUCUGGGACAGAUGCCAAAGCAAUUAUUUAAUAAUCCUCAUCCCAUGGUUUCAUUAUCUCUUUCAUGUCUUGGUUUAAUGGAUGAGAAAUCUUCUACUAUGGAAGUAAUAGACACAGUUACUGGGCUUCGUUGGGGAAGUUAUGUUGGAUCACCUUCAACAGGAAUUCCAAGUCUUGUAUGGUGUCGAAAACAGAAUGUUGUCCUUGGAAGCUUUCUUCCUCUUCUUACUAAUUAUGUUUUUGGAUUAGGAGAAAAUAUUUGCCUUCUCCUUAAUCAUAAAAAAGACAGUGGUUCCAAUAUUUUGAGUGCAACUUAUAUUAUGUCAGCUGCUUUAGUGAGCUGGGGUCAUAAAGAUGGCAUUAUCAGAAUAAAACUUUGUAGAGAUCAGCCAGCAAUACCUUUACUGAAAGGAAGUGUUAUAGAUCCAGUAUGUCUUUGUGCUUCUGUACCAGAUUGUAAGGAACUAUUUGUAGCUCAUUCAUCAGGAAUAAUAUAUGUGUAUACUUUAAACUUGGACCCAUCAAAGUUCUCAAUUAGCCAGAAAAAUCCUCCACUUCUUUUACAAGCUCAUUCAGAUAAAAUUACAUCAAUUCACAUAUGUAAAGCUUUUAGCAUUUUUGUGACAACUAGUGUAGACAAAGCAGUUGUCAUAUGGGAUUUAAACAGGUUAUGUUAUGUACGAUCUAUAAUAAGUCAUGAAAAUGCUGUUAAAUUAGCAUGUGUUAGUGACACGCUUGGAGAUAUUGCUUCAGUCAGUGAUAAUGGUUUAAAUAGCUGUAUGGCAGUGCACACUAUUAAUGGUGAAAUGGUGGGAAAAGUGGAAAUCACUGAAAUUGUUACUGCUAUUUGUUAUUCAACUGCUCCUGAAGGAAUAUCAGUAAAUGUUAUUGCUACUGGUCUUCGUACAGGAGCUAUACGCUUAUGGAGUUCUUGGGACCUGAAGCCUGUGAGAGAAAUUAUCAGUGAUAAAUUUUUGCUGCCUAUAAGGUGUGUAACAUUCUCUGCUGACAAUCAACAUAUAUAUGCUUCAAAUGAAAAUGGUACUGUAGCAGUGUGGGAAAAACCAUCUAAAGGAUUAACAAGUGUUCCAAAGCUUUUAGUUUUUACUUAAUAUGAUUGUUGGUUAUAGUGAAUGACUAUUUUUAAUAUUUUUGUAGAAUUAGGUAGUAAUGAGCCAAUUAGUUGAGCUUCUAAAGACAGUUUAGUUCUUUUUAGAGAAAUUCAUAAUUGUUUUAAAUAUGUUUAUUAAAUGAGAACAACAUCUAAUCAAAUUUUUCUGUGUAUACUUAUCUUAUGUGUUUAUGUAUGUGUUUUCUAUUAUGUGCUUAUAGGAACUGAACAAACAGAUUGUUGCCAGAAAUGUUUUAAAAAAUUUUCAGUAAUAUAAAUUCUAUUUUCAGGGACCUCAUUCAUAUUUGUAUAUAUUCUGCUGUUAACAAAAUACUGUUUUCUUACUUUUUGUGUAUAUGUAUAUAUAUAUAGCUAUUUCUAAAUGUUUUUGUACUUUAUAUCAUAUUAAGACAUUUUAUUAUAAUUAAACAUUAAAAUUAUUGUAUUUUAAUGAUAAAGAACAAUAUUAUGGUGAUGACUAUAGUUUGGGGGGGGGAACAAAAAGAGAAACGCUUUGUAAAGUUAAAUUAUUGGACAUUUAUUAUGCACUAAAGUAUUUAUUGUAAAACUAAAAUCAGUAAUGGAGUGUGAAGCAAAGAGAAUAGUACAUAUAAUAUUAAAUACUUAUAUAUGAUUUUAGUGUGUAUGCAUAUACUAAACAACACUAUAAUUUAUAAAUUUUUAAAUAAUAUUUGGAAAUUUGUGUGUGUACUGUAUUUUUAACUCCUUCAGAUACUGCUACAUUAAUUUACUUUUGUGAAUAAUAUUUGUUUAAAAAAUCUAUUAUUGUGUGUUUUAAUGAUUUUAAUAAAUUAUGAAUACAUUAUUUAAAUCAAGUUAAUAUUGAAUCUAGAAUAUAUUAAAAAAUAUAUUUAAUCAAUAUCAUCUUAACUAAUGAUCUGUAGUAAAAUUUGUAUGUUUUUUAAAUGCUCAUGUUCCUGGUGCUACUAUUUAUUUGAGUUUGUUACAAUUUAUUUAUUGGCUAUUUCUUAAUGUAUAAUUUGCAACAUUAAUUAUGCAUUUAGUUUUUGGUUUUAGGUAAAUAAAUGUGUUAAUUUAUGUAUUCUUCAAAUAAUAAUUUUAUAUUUAUUAUUUUUAAGAAUUAUACUUCUUUAUAUUGAAUUAAUAAUUAAACAUUCUUCUUUGUGACUAGUUUUAAUUAAUAGCAUGUAUUUAUCCUUUUAAGCUGUGAAUCAUUGCCAACUUAAGCAUCUCUCUCUCUUUUUUAAUAAAAACCUUUUUAAAGUAAAUGAAAAAGAAUGCAAUUUGUACUCAUUAAAGAAAGCUUGCAUAUUUCAUACUAUGCUUAAUUUCUAGUCAUUAUUUCAUUUAAAGUUCACUGUAAGUUGUGAUCAUGGAUUAAGCUUUAAACUAACAAAUUUUUUUUUCCCUUUUCUUUAAUUUAUGGUUUUUAUUUCUAAAAAUCUGACGAAUCACUCCUGUGAAACUGCACCGCUGAAAUAUAUACCACUAAAAAUCAUGUAUUUAGCUGAAAAAUUUAUUUUUAAAUUAUUAAGUGGAAUAACUAUGUGCUUGAAUUGAAAAAGUAAAGAUUCCACUAAGAAUCAGGAAAAUAGAAAUGUAUAUGAAAGUUAUUGUAAUCAUUUGACACAAAAUGAAUUUAUUUAUCCUGUCAGUUUCGAAUACAAAGAACUUUUGGGAUGUUUUCUUGGAUUUUUUAAUUUCUGUUUGUUAUAAUUUAAUAUAUUUAUUAUGAAAGUUGUUAGAAAUUUUUUUUUAUUUUUAAGCAUUGUUUUGAUUAUAGAUUUUAAGCAAAUAAACCUCUUAAAAAUCUUUUAUUGUUGUUAAAAGUUGCCUUCCUUUAGUUAUUUUAAUUAUUGUGUUUAAAUAUGAAAUAUAAUAUUUAUAUUAAGUUAUAAUUUCUCUUUGUUUAAUAAAAAUGCUUGGGUCUGAUUGGUCCCUAGUAUUAACACAUUACAUUUCCACACAUUUUCACUUCAGUUAAAAGCUAUUCAUGUAAUUUAAAAAUUACAUAUUGUGUUUUAUAUGCAUUUUUCUCUUUUGAAUAUUGUAUUGUUUAGCAACAUCCAACAAAUUUCUUAAAUUCAUGACUAUACAUUUCAACAUGGUUUUAUCAUAUUUAUUGGUAGCAAAUGAACAAAGUCUCUUAAUUUAUUUCUGUUUUGUGUAUAUGUGUUUGAAAUAAACAUUAAAAAUGUUACACCUUUUUGUAGCUAAAGUCAUGUUUUAAUUUAAUAAUACUUUGUGUGAAAGUAUCUAUUAUCAGUUUUCAUCAACUAAAUCAAGUUCUCAAAAUUAUGACAUAUUUAUUUAUUAUGAUUGAAAGAUGAUUUUAUAUGUACUUUAAUUAUAAUUUGUAAACAUUCAUUUCAGUUAGCGAUGUGCGUUGCAAAAUAAGUAAAACUGAAUGACUAAAUAUCUAUUUUUGUACUACAUGAAUAAACAUUUGAUAUAUUUAAAUACUGAUAAUUUCUAACAGGUAACUAUAUAAUAAAAAAUCUUUUGUAAUACAUAAACUGUGUGUACCAACAUUUUUUACGUAAAUAAAUCUCUUCUAUCACUUA